AUGAAAGUGAGGUUAGACGGUUAUUCAGAGAACACGUUACGACUGUCACAGAAAGUCGACGGUGGUCGGUCCACGCACCGCUUUUCGAUAGGAACGAAGGGUCUGAGUGAGGCAAUGCGACUACAGCUAGAGGAGGAGCAAAAAGCUCAUGGAGAUCUUGCAGUAAUAGAAAACUUGGAGGAAACGUACUCGAAUUUGGCUCUCAAGACGCUAAGGACGAUGGAGUACGCUUACCAGAACUUUCGAUUUCAAUAUAUACUGAAAGUAGACUCGGACUCUUUUGUACGAUUAGGUGCUUUUAUCAAGUCACUGAAGGAUAUUCAACAUCCACGUCUAUAUUGGGGAUUCCUUGACGGCCGAGCAAAACCGUUCCGGAAAGGAAAGUGGCGCGAAGCCGACUGGAUCCUCUGCGAUCGUUAUCUGCCAUACCAGGUAAGACUAUUUGAAUUGGAUCCCUUUUUAUCAAGAGGGGACAGCGAAAAGUGGCGUUGUUAUUGCAAUUGUGAUCCCCAGAUCGAAUCC